AUGUCCAAGACAACUGCUACCGAGUCAGCCACUGACAAAUCGAAAUUAUCACAAACAGAACAGCAUUAUUUCACUUCCUAUGACCAUUAUGGUAUUCAUGAAGAAAUGUUACAAGAUACAGUUCGUACAAUGUCCUAUAAGAAUGCUAUAAUGCGCAAUAAAAGUUUAUUUAAAGAUAAAAUUGUUUUAGAUGUUGGUUGUGGUACAGGUAUUUUGUCCAUGUUUGCCGCUCAAGCUGGUGCCAAACAUGUUAUCGGUGUUGAUAUGAGUAAUAUCAUCGAGAUGGCCAAGGUAAUAGUUGAAAAAAAUGGGUUUGCCAAUAAGAUUACUUUAAUACGUGGCAAAUUAGAAGAUAUUACUUUGCCUUACAAAAAGGUUGAUAUAAUUGUUUCUGAGUGGAUGGGUUAUUUCCUUUUGUAUGAAAGCAUGAUGGAUACUGUUUUAUAUGCUAGGGACAAGUACUUGGUUGAAGGUGGCCUUAUCUUCCCAGAUAAGUGUUCUAUUCAUGUUGCAGGUUUGGAAGACAGUCAGUACAAAGAACAAAAAUUAGGCUACUGGGAAAAUGUUUAUGGUUUUGAUUAUUCUCCAUUUAUCCCACUUGUUAAAAAGGAGCCUUUGGUUGAUACUGUACAAAACUCCGCAGUAAACACCACGAGAUGUAAACUAAUUGAGUUCGACUUAAAUACAGUCAAAAUUGAGGAUUUGGCUUUUGAAUCCGAGUUUAAAUUGGAAGCUAAAAGACAAGAUUUCAUAAAUGGGCUUAUUGCUUGGUUUGAUAUUGAAUUUCCAUAUGAAAAGCGCAAGGGGAAUACGCCUGUUUACUUUAGCACUGGUGCUCAUGCAUCUUAUACGCAUUGGAAACAAACUGUUUUUUAUUUUGCAGAUGAUUUGGAAUGUGAAAUUGGCGAUAUUUUAAAGGGUAAAUUGAAAUGUUCUCCAAACAACAGAAACAACAGAGAUUUGGACAUUGUAAUUGAUUAUGAGUUUAUGCCAAAGGGACCUGGGUCUAGACAAAGGAGAGUAAUUGGACAAAAUGAGUAUAUUAUGCAAUAA